CAGUGUCAUGUUAGUGAGGCUUUGGCACACGCUCAGUGACUGCUGCCGGGGAAACUCGAUCUCUCUACCCAGUUCUGAGAUGCUAUUUUCACUGUGUGAACCGGUGACUUAUUUAUAGAAAUGGCUGAUCUCAUUCUAAAGCAAAUUUGGAACUGGCUGUCGGCGGGAUGGAGCAAUAUGGCCGACUUGGCGGAUAGAAUAGACGACCUGAUCUGUAGCUUUGAAGGCGGCGCCGAAACAACAAUGGAUACCUUGGCUAUGUUGAUAUUUGGUUGGAUGAUAUUCGGAUUGUUUGUACUUGGCAUAGGGAGAUACAUUUAUGGUACAUUUAUUAGUUCUUCAGAAGUGAAAGAUAAGUCGUCGGUAGUCGUACCGCCAGCAGCAGUCGCCGCGGCUCCAAGUGUCAGUGAAGAUGCCCUGGUUGCUAAAGAACUACCCCGUUCAACCGUCGCUGCUUCGAGGACGGCAGGCACCCCCGUACCUCCCACACCCCCUAUACGAAAAAGAAUAUCCAAACGGGGGUCCGGCCCUGCACCAUCCCCAACGAAAACUACAUCCUACGUCCAACCACCCGUUGCUACAGGACCUGAGAGUGAAAGUGUUCAGUGGGUCAACGAAGUGCUUAAUUGGUUAUAUUCCGAUUUGGUGGUAGUGAAUGAGAUAUUAAAUGCUUGGAUGCAAUCCCUCAACGACUUCACUAAACAAUCUGUCGCUGAGCAUGGCGUGGGCGUAGAGUUUGUGCGAGUGCUACCCGAAACGCACGCUCCAUAUCUCACCAAUGUCUUCUCCGAAUGUGCCCCGAACGACGACGUGACAAUAACAUGCGACUGUGAAGCAAUGCCUGCUAUGCAGCUGAAGGCUUUUCGUCAGAAAGGCGAGAAGGUUGAAGUAUCUCACUUCAGAGUCAACGUGAACAGGUUUCGAGCCAGGCUCAACAUUGUCUGCAUUACGGAGAAACUCCUAGCAGACAUCAAAUGCGAUGGCUGGCCGGAUAUUAAAGUUGCCCUUGCACCAGUGGGGAGCAUAAAGAAUAAUUUGGAUGAACAACAGCUUCAGGAUGUGAUAUCAGAGAUUGUGGUCUUGGCCCUUAGGAAUACUGAGGUGCACCUCAACUUCAGCCAGUAUGCCGCAUGUCCACGGCUUAUAAGACACCGAAGCUCCCCUCCCUAUGUACUCCCUGUCCAUUAUGAUAGUAUGGUGAGUUCACAAUUUUCGUCCAUUCCCACAAAGACUGCAGUAGAAAAAAGGCUUUUGGUUAAAGUUAUUAAAGCCACUUCUCUUGGUGGAAAAAAAGGUUGUUCAGAACCAUUCUGUGUUGUGGAAAUGGAUGAACCUCCACAAAAGAAUUCAACUUCCAUUAAAAAAGACACCAGCAACCCUGUAUGGGAUGAGCAUUUUCUUUUUGAUUUGAGUCCAAAUACGGCAGAACUUCUGUUUGAGAUAUAUGACCGUGCAAACAAGGCCAACCGAUUCAUGGGUUUGGGUAUAGUUGGUGUAGAGGAAUUGCUCAUUAAUCCCAGUCAGAGGCAAGUUAUUUCCCUCCAGUCACGGCCUUAUGAAGCAGAUGAAGUGUCAGGCACACUAACUGUAGAGUUUUUGUUUAUAGAGGGAGCAGAUAUUCCACAUCUAGGAGAUAAGCCAUACAAACUUAAAGAAACACUGAGAACAGUUUCACCAUCAGGGGGUGUGGUGACAACUACAAAAACUGUGUUCUCAAAACCAGGGACUGUUGAGCAGUUAACAAAUGGUGGUGAUGUGGUGACAGAUUCUGCUUUGAAGGAACUGGAAGCCAGGAAUAAAGUGGGUCCCACACAAACGAGCAAAAGUACUCUCAUCAUACACAGUGUACAAAGACAACCACAACAUAGGCAGCUUGUGAAGGUUGAACAAACCGACACUGGACGAUGGUACGAGGUUCCCAACCAGCAAGGCACAAAGGAAACAGCAGUACACACACAGCCAGCCCAUGAUGGAAUUGAAGGCGGUACACCUCCCUCAGGAACUGAUGACAGGGGGAGGAGUAGAAAAAAAAAGCGUGAUUUCUUUGGCACAAUCAAGAAACGGUUAAGUCGUUCUAAGAUUCGCUCCAAAUCAAUGGAUCCUGGGGAGCGAGAUGAAUCUCUGAAUCGAGAUGCUUCACUCACCAGAUCAAUAUCUGCUGAUCGGGCAAGAGAUCCCUCAGCCCAUUCCACAGGCUACCUAACAGUACCGGGUCUGAGGGAACUGGAUGGAUCGACCCGAUCAAGUCUCAGUGAAGCAUCAGGUGUGAGUGGAGCUUCAACACGGACUUAUGUUAAUGACGCAUCUACGCUUGUUCUGGAAACCAUUGAAAAUGGUGUAAAAAAACAUUAUCUUGUACCUCUGUCCAUGGCACAGAAGAGUAAAUGGCGGAAGAAAGGAAUCAAACUCCACAUUUUCAAUGAUCACACAUUCAUUGCAAAGCAUCUCUCUGGUGGUGCUACUUGCCAAGUGUGCAGUAAGUCUGUGGCAAGGCGGCUAGGGAAGCAGGGCUAUGAAUGUCGAGACUGUGAACUGAAGUGUCACAAGCAUUGCCACAUUAAAGUGGACUCCAACUGUACAAAUUCAACUAUUCAGAGCAUUGAACUGUCUCUACUGCCUGUACUGAGUGAAUAGUGCAUACAUUCAGAGUCCCUAUAUGGACAGGCGGAUUCUUCAGUUAAAGAAGAGCUAAAAAGUGAUGAAAUUCCACUAAUGUGAAAAAAUAAAACCUAACUCCACUUGUGUGGUGAGUUAAUUAAAAAACCAGACUGAAAUUAAUAUGUUAUUAAUCUCAGCUAAAACCACUAGUGAAGCAACAGCUGUGCUUGACUAUUGUUUGUUACUGCCAAAUGCGUAGUAGAAAGGUACCAAGUGCUCCGCACCAAAUACUGUGGUUGAUGCAUGCAAAGUAAACAGCUAGCUGCAUCUGAUCCAUGACCUCAAUAGGUCUUCCUUCUAAUUCAGUCCUCAGUUGCUUUAUGAAUAAUGCAAAGAAAUGAAAGAGCUUUCAGAAAAAAGAAGAGAUCCUCCUCCUUAAGGAAUGUACUUAUAUAGUAGAUACUGGUAUUAUUUCUGUUUUUCCAUUUGACUUGGGAAGUUAUAUAAUUUUCCAGUUACUUUCAGUUGUUUCACUACCGCGGUAUUUUAUACUUGACAUCUCAGAACUGUUAGUUGAUACUGAGGACAUUUUUAAUAUUGUGUAUACUGUGACUGCAUUAGCAUAGAAGAUAGAAUACAAGUUGUUUCAAUAAAGUUUUAAACAUGAAGAGUUAUUUGUUCUCCAUACCAGUUUUAUAUGGAUAUGAUUUGUAGUGAAAUAUUUAACUUACAUUGAUUAAGCUAUCAAAUGUCUGCUGCAUACAGACUGAAAGUUUUCUAUAUAUUAAUGUAAGAUUGGAAGUUCUGGACCUCUAACAUAAUUAUUUCAAUUUCUGUAGGGUUGUCUAUCAGCCUACUUAGUGUAAAGAGUUUGAGUUAUUUAUGCUGCAUCAAAUUACUUGAAACUAUAUCAGAGACUUGUAAAUUUAUCUCCAAAUCUUCCUUCAUACAUACCUGUAUGACAUGUUACAUAUUACAAAUUAUUGCGGCUGAUGGAACAAGUAAAUAACAGUAGAGCUACAUUAAUAGUUAGGAAGCAAUCAUCCUGGCAACCCUACAUGUUCCACUUAAUUUUUCUGACAGCUGCAGUUUUGUUUGAGUUCAUUACAAACUUCAUAUUAGUAAUUAUAAGCUCACAGUGUGUCAGUGAUGAUUUACAUGUUUUAGUUUACAAAUGGGACCAUGGUAUUUUUAGGGGAAGAAUAAGGGAAACUUAUUAUAUUAAUAAAGAGCCACAGUUACUACGAGUGAAUGGGCAGCAUGUAACACACUGUGUUAUUUUGAGCAGCUCCUCCCCUCUUUAUCUUUCUUUAGAAAGGGGACGAUACCACUUUCGUUUCUGGUUCAUACAUUGCAUUCUCAAUGUCUCCCUCCCUGAGUGUGUCGACCACCCUCGAUAGCACUUGACACCCCACGUUUAUCCCCAUCGGUAGCUUAUUGAAUUCAAAGAGCCCAAAGGGGGUACAAAAGAGGGUAGCCCUCCUGAACUUAGCUGACAGAGGGAUCUGGUAGUAUGUCAAGUUUAGGUCAAGCACCGAAAACACCUUCGCGUUAUGAAAAUCAGCGAAGUCGUGCUUGAUUGUCAGCAUUGGGAAGGUGUAAAAAACUACCCUUUUAUUUAAGAGCCGAUAAUCUACCACCAUCCUAUACCCACCCUGGGGUUUCCCUUCUUCAUCCACCUCUAUUUCUAAGAACUUCUUCAGUAUAUUCAUGUUCACUGAUUUUCCAAACCUGUAGGGUGCUGUUAUGAGAAUUUUCUUAAUUUAUUCUGUCUCACCUGACUGUUGAUUAAACAUUCUUUUAUGAGCAAGGUUUUGUCAAUAAAUGCUGAUACACUAAAAUUUUCUGAUGAGACUUCAAUCUUUAGCAACUCUGGUGAAAAACAUCCACUGAUGCCAGGUGUACCCGCUCCAGUACCUUUGACAUCAACAGUUUCACUGGUAGUAGAUAGGUCUCUUGCAACAGUUGUACUAGAUGGGCUUCCUGUACCAUCUUUAACUUCCUCUAUCCUUGGUCAUUUGCUUGGAGGUUCUCCCAUCACAAUGUUUAUUCUCAGUAUUAAUCCGAAGGGGAGUUGCCACCAUAUAAUUCGUGUAAUUCAUGAACCUGAAACUUCUUCAUAACUUUAACAAGAAUUUAUAACCCGCCCUUUGCCACACGUUGGAUGCCACUUCUUUCUAACCACCCCAUGGCCCCUACCUUUGGUGCCACCUCUUUAUAAUCGCUCUUCGCCCAAUGUUGCUGGGUGCCACCUCUUUAUAAUCAUCGUUUACCCACCUUUGGUGAGCCACUUCUAUUUCUAACCGCCCCUCACUCACCUUCUUUACCCCUUUAGCUUGCCAUUCAUUCGUCACUCCUUUCCUUUGUUCUUCUUCUUCUUUGGUUGGGCAACAGUAAGCUCAACUGGUGUCAGCUUACAAUAAUUAUGGGAUUAAUUAGGAAAGGGAGGUAAAGGUGAUAGGUAACUAGUUCAGCUGUAGGUAAAGUUGAGAUUCUUCAUCAGAUCGUUUGAUAAGGGUCUCGCUUAGACAGAGGAGUGAUUAGCGUGAUGCUACUUUUGCACUUGAAAACAGUGAUCAUUUAUUAGCACUUUUACUCACUCGAUAACACACACAGUUAAUAUAAUGGAUACCUGUACAUAAGUCCUUAUAUAUAACUUUAGUCCUGGUACACUAGAAGUUAUCAGAAUAGUUUACACGUUGGCUUGUUGAAUUUAAGCUUUGUCCCGAACAGCGGUGAUACAAAUUUUGCAUCUAAACAGUUCACGAGUUGGCAGACAACUGAAUUCAAUGAUUGACUUCCUUGAAGACCCUUAGGUCCCUGGUCAUCAAUUCCUCAGUGAAGUCACUCCCCCUAAAUUCCACUCAUUGGGUAAUUUUGAAAUCUAGGAGUUCACACAAUUUUUGGAUCUCCAAUCAGCUAGCUGUAGUGCGGGAUUUUGAUCCUUAAAGGCCUAAUGUCGUUUUUGACAGCUCACUGAUGGAUAACCCACUUGGCAUGGGUCUCCAGCAUGCCCCCUUUUAAGUUAUGAUGUUCUGGAACUGUUAAGAGAUCGUAUUCUCAAAGUUUGCUGCUGUGUUACUCGCAGACAAAAUUUCUAUGAAAAAGUCACAGGGGUGCUUCCUGUGCAACAGUAAGACAGGGAAUAAGUCAAUUCCUGCAAACAAGAAGGUGGCUAUGUCCAACUGGCUUGACUAUCUUGCUAUCUGAAAUUAAUUCUUGUAGUAAAGAUUUUAAUUAUACUUAAAAAUAGUGCAUGAUAGUGGAGUGGUUACAGAUUUCACCAUUUGGUAUUUGCAAUGAAUAAGAGUCCGUUUCCUUCUUGAAUAGAUAGAAGUAUCCACGGUCCUUUAGAUAUAGGAGGAACAAAUCAACAUCAUAUGCGCUAGCAGAAUUUGUUAUUAACUUAUUUAGAUCUCUGAUAUGUUUGGGAGUCAGUCUGCCCACAGGUUCUAUUGUAAUGAAUCCAGUAGGACUAUUUAUCGAAUCAUAGAUUUUGUCUCGAAUAUUUUCAUUUCCAAACAGCUUCUCUGAUUCCUUAAUGCCAUGAUUUUCAACCCAAUAGCUUUCUGGCUUGUGCUUUUAUCUGGACUCUGCCCAAAUUCCUUUUUUUUUUUGAGAAGCCCUAGUCCAAUUACCAAGGUGCAUUACAAGAGAAUAAACACUGUAUAUUUUAGUGCCUCUCUCCGAAACUCUGUAUCCUUUGUAGUAUUCUAGAAGUGCUUUUUCAUUAAACCCAUUGAACUGAGACUUCUUGAGUUACAUUUCUACUUCAUGUUCUGUAAAUCCAUAGAAUUCAGAGAACUCAUUUUUUUCUAGGAAUGCACACUUUUUAAUAUUGUUUGCAUCUGAUGACAGUACUGUUGACAACAGAAUACAAGCACUGAUUAGUCCACCCAACACAUGUUCAUUCUCUUUCAUCACACUAGAAAUCAUGCUGCAAAUAAACACAGUCACUUUCUUAAUGUAAGACAAUCCUACAUCUUCUGAGCUGUGUAUUAAUUUCAUAAUAGGUUCAUCAAAUUCAUCUAUUAAAAUAAUCACUUUCCUGUUAAAAUGAUUGUAAUCAUGCACCUACUGUUUAUCUAAAGUUCUAACUUUGCUUUCAUGAGCAUAAUUACAAAAAUUUUCUAUUUCAUCCUCCUCCAAGUUCUUAGAUGCUCACAAGUACAUGUGAUGUACAAAUACUUUGUUCAAAACUCGCAAA